AGAGGCUGACAUGACGUCACUUCCCGCGCGGGGGCCGCCGGGAAGCCGAGUCGCCCGCCCUUUCCCCACAGCCAUCCACAGAAGGGAGGAGGAGGCCGCGGGCUGCCAGUCUCGCCGGGGCCGUUAUGGAAGCUGAAGAAACGAUGGGCUGUAUCCAGGAAUUUCCAGAUCACUAUAAAGUAAUGAUGGACAGGCUAAAUGAGCAGCGGGAGCAGGACCAGUUUACUGACAUCACUCUGAUUGUGGAUGGGCACCAGUUCAAAGCCCACAAGGCCGUCCUUGCUGCCUGCAGCCAUUUCUUCUACAAAUUUUUUCAGGAUUACACUGAAGAACCCUUGGUGGAAAUAGAAGGUGUGAGCAAUAUGGCGUUCAAGCAUCUGAUAGAGUUUACAUACACAGCAAAACUGAUGUUACAAGGUGAAGAGGAGGCCUGCGACAUCUACAAAGCAGCGGAAUAUUUACAGAUGCAUGAGGCCAUCAAAGCACUUGAGAUCAGGAACAAGGAGACCGUUUUAAUUGAAGGGAAACCUGAGGAAAAUGAGAGCAUUAAAAAAUGGAAUGUGGAGGAUUCCGCUGCCGUCCUUACGGAGACCCUGGCAUCUUCAGAAGGUGAACCGGUGGAGAUUGAAGUUGAAAUAGCAGAAGGAACAAUUGAGUUAGAAGAUAACAUGGAGGCUUUGGAAGCCGUGACCUCCUCUGACCAAUCUGUCAAAUACAUCCAGACUACCGGCACGUCUGAUGACUCGGCUCUGGCCCUCCUGGCAGACAUUACAAGCAAGUACCGCCAGGGGGAGAGAAAAAGGCAGUUUCAGGAAGACAGUGCCAAUGAAAGUGAUGCUGGCAAACAGGUAGAAGGCAUUGAAAUUAUGGAAGUUCAUCUGUCACAUAUCAACAACAUGUUCCAUUGUCAGAAAUGUAAUCGUUCAUUUAAAUUGUUUUACCAUUUCAAGGAACACAUGAAAACGCACACCGCUGACAAUUAUAAGUGUGAAAUAUGCAAUAAAAGCUACGUCCGGGAGGUUGCCUGGAAGCAGCACCUAACCUGCUACCAUCUGGAUGAAAGUGGGGCCGCCAAGAGGCCAAAGCCAGGAAAAAAAAUCCACGUUUGUCAGUACUGUGAAAAACAGUUUGAUCAUUUUGGCCAUUUUAAGGAGCAUCUUCGGAAACAUACAGGAGAAAAACCUUUUGAAUGUCCAAACUGUCACGAGCAUUUUGCCAGGAACAGUACCCUGAAAUGUCACUUAUCAGCUUGCCAGUAUGGAGUUGGUGCCAAGAAGGGAAGGAAGAAGCUGUAUGAAUGUCAGGUUUGCAACAGUGUUUUCAAUUGCUGGGACCAGUUUAAAGACCAUCUGGUUCUUCACACAGGGGACAAGCCCAAUCACUGUACAAUUUGUGAUUUGUGGUUUAUGCAAGGCAGUGAGCUGAGGAAACACCUUCGUGAAAUACACAACAUCUCGGAAAGAAUAGUGACCGAGGUCAUGCUUCCUUCUGAAUCUGCAGAAAUGGAGACUGUGCCUUCAAUGACCUUUGUGGAGCAAGUGGAAGAAGUCCAUGUGGUGCCAGUAGAUCAAGUUAUCCAAGUGCAGGUCGAUCCUCCCCAGCUGACGGUAGGCCAGUUGCACCAAGAUCUGCUGGAAGUGAAUCAAGUAAAAGGCACCCAUAUACUAGAUCUACAGACACAGGUACAUAUGGGUCACAUAGAGGUGGAACAUCUUCAGAUAGACCAUGGUACAGAGGUUCAUGUUGAGGAAGUGCAUGUAAACCAAAUACACAUGGAAGAAGUUGAGGCUGAACUUCUGGACGAAUCCACUAUUCAUCACAUUGAACAUACUAUCGAAGAACAGACCUGCCAAGAAGAAGUAGAAGAAGUAGAAGAAGCAGAACUGCAUCAAAUAGUCCACACAGGAGCUGAGAACUUACAGAUCAGGCAGCUGGAGAUCACACACAUUGAAGCUGCUGCUGAGUAGAACAUUGCACUGAAAAAGAGGGACAAACAACCAGUGUUAAAUAGGGUUGGCUAUGUUUCUUGAUACUUGUUAUUGAGUUAGAGGAGUGAUAUGUUUGGAAGACAGCCAUCGGAUAUUCCUACAUUUUUUUUAUAAGCUGUGGAUUUUCUGUAGAACGUAUCUGAUCCGCAAGAAUUACAUUUGUCUUGAUGGGAAAUACUUUGGAUUGAAUAAACAACCAGUUUCUACCUGUCACUUUUAUCAUCGAUGUUCCCUGCCAGCACCCACGCGAGAUUU